CCACAGCAAUGGCGCCCCCGAAGAAGCGCGAAAAUCGCGAAAACAACUAUUACAAUGUCGGUGUUCAGGGAAGAAAGACAGGCAUCACACUAGCAGACAAGGGCGUUUACGACGAACAUGGUCUCGAGCCCAUUUCCGGCAUCUUCUCGUCGCCGGAGAGGUCCCCGCCAAAGCGCAGUGAGAACGCGGCAGGCUCAGAGUCGAUGGAACUACAAGAAAGCUCCAUUCCCGACUUCAAGACAUCGAGCCAACUCCUGCGCAACAACCGUACAAACCUCCCUCCGCCUCGAUCGCGCUCGCCCAAAAAGACAAUGCUUGGCUCCUCGCCGCGACGACAAUCAUCCAUGGUGCCAAGGGGAAGCUCGGCCGCUCCUUCGAGUCCCACGCGCGCUUCGUCGCAUCCGAUUGCUAGACGGCUUGAUUUCGAACAAGACGAGUCGAGUCUGCAAGAAACACCAGCACUGAGUGGCUCCGGUGCGCGGCGCGGAAAGCGCUCAGAUGUAUACGACAUCCCCGAGGAUGGUGAGGGUUCGCCGCUGCCAGAGCAGAGUGCGAUGCUAGAAGAGAGCAUGGUGCAAGAGGAGAUUACAGCAAACGAGAGCUCCAUGGCCGCGGUGGAGCAAAGUUUUGUGGCGCAGAUUGGCGACGAAUCCAUGACAGUUGCGGAGGCUGUUGAAGACUUGGCUGAGGAAGAGUCGGAAAUCGCACCAGAACCUGUCAAGCAGCCAGCAAAAAGAGGCAGGAAGCGCAAAAGCGAUGUUGUAGAUGUCACAGAAGAAGUCCCGGAAGCUACUGAGAAACCACGGAAAAGGGGACCUGCUGCACAAGCAUCAGAAUCGCACAAAAGCAAGAAGAGCGGUCCUGCGCCAGUUACCCAACGACGAAGAUCUCAGCGCGUCUCUGAUAUCAGUGAACUCGAGGCCAGUGCUAGCGAACUACCUGGCGACACUACCGUGGACCAGUUUGAGCAGAGCGAAGCGCCUGCGCCUGCGAAACGUCGAGGACGCCCACCGCGGGUACAGCCUGCCACGGAAAAAGAGAAUACAGUGGCGACGAAACCGGCAAAGAAUGCAGCUGCAAAAGAGAAGACAAGUGAACCGUUCAAGAAGCCUACGAAACCCGCCGGGAGACCCAAAGCCACUUCCGAGCCCAAGACCAAGCCAGCACCGAAGACGAAAGAGACUUCCAAAGACAAACCAAAAGAAAAGACUCUUAUUGAAGAAGGCGCUGGCAAACUCGUAGAUGUAUACGGCAAUCCCCUCAGCAAGCAGGACAUUGAUCAGAUGUCUACUACAUCAGCCGGCUCAAGAUUCGGACGCGGACGGCACCUCUCUGUUUUCCGAGAAAUCGACCCUGAAAACGUUGCCCGCGUAGGACGAACUGGCAGGCAUCGCGUGGCACCGAUUGAUUUCUGGAAGAACGACCACAUCUCUUAUGAUGUUGACGGCAGCAUGACGUCGAUUGUGAAGAGCGCAGCAGUCGAGGAAACACGAAGGCAGAACAAGAAGUACGGUUCCAAAGGCAAGAAGAAGAGGCUCACAAUGGUCGAAGAGGAAGAGAUUGAGCUUGACCCGUGGGAGGAGAAGGACGGCAGACUCACGGGCAACUACAAAGGCUUUGAUCUAAAUACCAACAGUGCCUCGGACGAGAUUAUCGAAGAUGAUAUUGCAUGGGCAGACAAAGGCAUUCGACCUCAAGAAGUCGGCGAUGGCGGCUUCAAGUUUGCAAAGAUCGGAUCAAGCGGCUCCUUUUUCAACUGGGGUCUCAUUGAACUUGGCCCCGACCAGAUGAAGCGCACAAAGAACUCACGAUUUAUGCACAUGGUCUUCAACGUGCAGUCUGGCACGGUCGAAGUUCGUGUUCACGAAAAUGAGUUUACGAUCCACAAAAACGGCAUCUGGCAAGUUCCUCGAGGCAACACGUAUAGUAUUAGAAACGUCGGCAGCGGGACGGCUCGCAUCUUCUUUGCUCAGGCAAAGGAGAAGAUUGUCGACCCUGAGGAGUAGUCGCCAGGGGUCAUAUGCAUGGUCUUGUCCACGUCCUCGCGGUAUCCGUAAUGUACAUUGCCGCGCCAAACUCGGCUUCUUCAUUCUUGUCCUUGUGGAUUUCAUCUUGGGGCCGGCGGUGUAGAACAUGUAGCGGUCAAUCCUGCAUAUGCAUCGUCUUUACUCUUCUUCCUAUCACUCACUCACUCACU